AUGGUUUAUGAGGAUGCAGGUGUGUUUUGCGUUGAGACAGAUGAAAUAAAUUCAGUGUCAGUGAUGGAGGGUGAAUCUGUCACACUAAACACUGAUGUUAAUGUAACACAGAGAAAUAAGAUACUGUGGAAGUUUGGAGAUCGAGGUCUUCUCAUAGCUCUCUUAGACGACAACGAGGUCUCAUUAUUUAAUGGUACUGAAGGACAAUUCAGAGACAGACUGAAGCUGGAUCAUCAGACUGGAUCUCUGACCAUCAGGAACAUCAGAACCACAGACUCUGGACUUUAUGAACUCAACAUCAAGGGAAGGACAGGGGAACAAGUCAAGAAAUGUAAUAUCACAGUCUAUUCUCAUCUGUUCAUUCCUGUCAUCAGCAGAGACUCUUCACAAUGCUCUUCAUCAUCAUCUUCAUCACAGCAGAAUUGUUCAUUGCUGUGUUCAGUGGUGAAUGUGAGUCAUGUGACUCUCUCCUGGUUUAAAGGAAACAGUUUAUUGUCCAGCAUCAGUGAGUCUGAUUUCAGCAUCAGUCUCUCUCUUCCUCUGGAGGUGGAAUAUCAGGAUAACCACAACUACAGCUGUGUGUUGAACAACCCCAUCAGAAACCAGACCACAAAUCUGGACAUCAGUGAAGUCUGUCAACCUUGUUCAGAAAUUCACUGUUGUGGUGUCACUAAAGCUGCGAUCCGAUUGGCCAUCGCUGUUCUGGUGGGUGUGGCUGCUGUUGCUUUUGUAGUUUAUGACAUCAGAUCCAGAAAUGCAAAUUUCUUUGUUCUUUGUAAAUCUGCCAUGUAA